CUGCAUUGCCUGGAGAAUAGAUGUGCGCGCAUCAUGUAUCCGUCUCUAUCCUGCUCACUUAUGGGUCAUGCAGCGAUGCGAUGCGCUGGAGUCCUCCGCAAGCCGCCGUCGAUGGGUCUGGAGUAACAGCGCCGGCAUCAGAUGCAGUGACGCAUUUAUCGGAGUGGUUUGCCAGGGCAUUGGCAUGGCCUAGUAAUGAAUGGCGACGGGGCUCCCAGCAGCCCGGAGCACUCCUCCUGCACGCUGCCUGAUUGGAAGGAGUUCUGUGAGCUUCACGCUCGAGCUUCUGCCGCCGAUUUUGCCUACAAGUUCCGGCGAUUCAUCAGCGAGAACCCUUGCUACGACUCGCCUGGUGCUGAUGCCAGCUUCUCACAACACUUUGCUCAACACUUCUUGACCUGCUUCUCUGCCGCCCUCGACCAGGUUCAAGGUCCCGGCUCUCUGGGAGACUCCUCCGCUCCGAAGUACAGCAUCGUACCCUUUGUGGGCAUACAGAGCUGCACGCUGCCCUUCAGCCACGACCUCUACCAUCGGCGCAAAGACGUGGGGGCCUCGAGCGAAUCGCUGGAUAGCAUGGACAGUGGAGGGGGCGGAGCCAGCGGACAGGAACAGCAGACCCCCACCCAUAAGAAGGCAACCGUGAGCCAGUCCAGGAGUUCGGAGGAUGUGUCAUUGGGGCGACGUAAGGCUCGCUUCAAGAAGGGCUUUUCCCUCCGAAACAUGAGUUUGAGCGUGGUGGACGGGGUGAAGGAGAUCUGGCACCGCAGGGCGUCUCCAGAACCAGACCCCUCGGGGAGCUCCAGGAGGACCAAUGGAGCCGAGUCCAUGGGGUCCGAACACUGGAGCCAGAAGCUACGGCUACCGCGGGGCUCUCAGGGCCAUAAGGCGGAGCUGUUGGAGAUCCAGAGGGAGGGUGCGCUCAGAUACAUGGUGGCCGAUGACACUAACUGUAUGGGGGCGGCACAGUGGCAGAAAUGCAGGUUGCUGUUGAGGAAGACCGCCGCGCAAGUGGACGCAGGAGAGAAGUUCCAGCUUGAAUUCUACGUUCCACCAAAGCAUUCACAUUGCUCCUGUCAUUCAGGAAGCCCAGGUGAAACACCAAGGGAAGCGGAAGGAGAUGCCAGUUUGGCGGGUUACCCAUGGUUCCACGGGACGCUGUCACGGGUGCGGGCGGCCCAGCUCGUUCUCGCCGGCGGUGCACAGAGUCACGGUCUGUUUGUGAUCCGCCAGAGCGAGACGCGCCCUGGAGAAUACGUCCUCACCUUCAACUUCCAGGGCAAAGCCAAGCACCUGCGGUUGUCUGUGAAUGACAGCGGUCAGUGUCACGUUCAUCACCUGUGGUUCCAGACGGUCGCUGAUAUGUUACAGCACUUUCACGCUCAUCCCAUCCCUCUGGAGUCCGGCGGCUCCACCGACAUCACGCUACGCUCAUAUGUACAAGUCCAUCACUCGCCCACAGGUACACAGUACACACAACACAAUCUCCGGCGGGAGAGAAAACAUGUGAGCUGGGAGCGUCGCCUGCGGGUGACGUCAUCAGCGCGGGACAGGCGCUGUGCUCCACGUGUUGCUCCACGUGUUCCCCGCGGUGUUGUGAUCUGCAGGAACCUUUCGGCGAAUAUCAUCAUGUCUUCGAGCUGUCGCAGACCCGAGCAUAUGGCCCCUCCGGAGGUGUUCUACAAUGAACAAGAGGCCAAAAAAUACUCCCAAAACUCUCGGAUGAUAGAGAUCCAGACGCAGAUGUCGGAGCGAGCCGUGGAGCUGCUCAGUCUCCCCGAGGACCAGCCCUGUUACCUGCUGGAUGUGGGCUGUGGCUCUGGACUCAGUGGAGAUUAUUUAUCUGAAGCUGGUCACUAUUGGGUUGGUGUGGACAUCAGCACAGCCAUGCUGGGUGAAUAAACCACACUCUCAUGCACACGCACACACACACACACACUCAACGCAAACACGCAC